AUGGUGGCGGGAACAAUCAUCAGGUCAGACGAGCAGGAGACUACGAAUUCGAUCGUACCAGCAACUACCCCGAUUCACCCUGGGGACGAAUUCCGCCACCGAGGUCGACAAGUGCCAUCAAAAGCCAACAUCGGGUCGAUCAAAUACUGGAUGCAACUUUGCGAUACACACCAUGAAAAUUGCCACAUUCCAUCCCAUGUCCCCGAGAAUGCGCAACAGAUUCGUUUGAUUGAUGUCCGCGACUACAAGAUCGUUCCGGCCUUCUCAGAAGGCAAGAGCUUACCGUAUGUUGCGCUGUCAUACGUCUGGGGUCGAACGGCGACGGGACUGUUGAACCGACAUAACAUCGCACAGUGCUCAUCGUUUAAUGGUUUAAAGGACGUGGAUAUUCCUCCGACUAUCUCCGAUGCCAUUGAAGUAGUAAGGCUGAUUGGAAAACGUUACCUGUGGGUUGAUACACUCUGCAUCGUACAAGAUGACGACAGCGACAAACAGCAGCAACUCCCUAUCAUGGACAGGAUUUAUAGCUGCGCUGAACUCGUCAUUGUGGCCGCUGCUGGUCAAGAUGCUCGCGCUGGACUUCCGGGUGUGGGAAGCACCGAAAGAAGGGUAUCGCAACGAACGGAAACUAUUAACGGGACCCGGUUCAUUACGACUCAGCCCCCCUUCCGGCAAGUUCUGCGCCGGAGUGUAUGGGAUUCGCGCGGAUGGACAUUUCAAGAGGCUACCCUCUGCAAACGUCUCCUCGUGUUCACGGAGCGUCAGGUUUACUGGGUUUGUCAGACCACCACAUGGUGCGAGGAUACCAGCGGCGAGUCUCCUACCCAUAGGCUUGAACUGACGGAGACAAACUCGCUGAACGAGUAUCUACUCGAGCCAAACAAAUGCCGUACUGUGCUCUAUUGCCGACUCGUUGAGGCGUUUUCAAGCAGGCACUUCACCGAUGAAAGCGACGCACUGUGGGCAUUCGCAGGGAUCCUCAAGCUCAUGGCGUCCCGUUUCCAGAGAGGCUUCAUCUGGGGCCUACCACACGAACGAUUAGACGCCGCGCUGCUAUGGGGACAAGUGGGGUGCAAUUUAGUCCACUUGCGGACUGCACGCCAUCCCGCAGGCAUGGAAAUUGCCAGUCGCAGUCUCCCAUACCCAUCCUGGUCAUGGCUCUCCUGCUGCGGGCAAGUGGCAUUCCUGGACCCUUGCGGAAGCUCUGUCAUCUCCGAAGUUACAUGGCACGAGCCUAUUGGAUUGGAAGAUGCCACUACAGCGAAAUACUUGAACUCGAUCCGCUCGACCGGCCGAACUGGAAAGCCUGGGGGUGAUCAGAGAAGCAAUCUCUUUUCUGAAUCUGCCUCAGAUACAGGUGUCAUGCAAUACGGUCUGCUACACUUCACGGCCCAAACAUCGAAAUUGACCCUCAAGCGUAUGAAAGAAACCACGGAUGAGGAAGGCAAGGCAACUGAAGGAGACCGAACGAACGGGGAAAAAGAUUCGAACGAACAGGAUAACCUGGAAGGAGACUACGGAGCGGCGGAGCAGGAAAAGAAAGAAAAACAACAAGAGAAGGCGCACUCUUCAGAAGUUGAAUGGGUUUUAGGCGCAGUCCACGCUCCUGAUGGAGACAGAAUCGGUGCUGUCUUCGCUCCGCCCCAUUUUUUCAUCGACAGGUCGGAGUGCUCUGGCGAGCUCGUUCUACUUUCGUCAAACGCGCAAGGGGAGUCCGAUGAGACUUGUAGAAUACGAGAGGAGUCCCUUGACAUUGGCUGUAUUCAACACGUGAAGGGGUGUAGCCACAUUCAGAGUCGAAAUGUAAUGCUAAUAGAAUGGAUUGAGGAUGUUGCAUAUCGGCGAGGCAUAGGAAGGCUGGAAAAGGAUGGUUGGGAGAAGGUUGUGGCCGAAGACAAGAGAAUUAUACUUGGCUAA